GCAUGUAUUGUGUCCUGCAUGUCUGGUGCAGCGGCAAAAGUCUUCGGUUCUAAUUUCCAGCCAAACUAUUUGAACGUUGUACAUACCUUGUAUAUACUGUACAGUUAGGGAACUAGAAAAAUGAAAGGAGGAACUACCACUGUACCAACAUCACAAAGCAAACACACAGAUGGCUUGAAUACCAAAAAGCCAACUGCAGAACAGAUCAGAUAUGCCCAGCUUCUAAGCACAGAAGAUUCUAAAGUGGUGAGAGAUAAGAUCAAACAGGUGUCAGAUGUGACAGGAUGCAGUUUUGAUGUCGUGAGCAUUGCACUGCAUGAUUGUAAUUUUGAUACAGAAGCCACAAUUAAUGCUUUGUUAGAGGGAAGCCAAGAUCAGAGUGAAUGGGUCAUGAGAAAAAACAAAAAGAAGAAAAGUCAAACUCCUGUCUCACAAGGCAUAGAUACAAUCAUCCCUACAUCACAGACAACAACACCAACGACUACAGCUCCAGUGUCUACUAAACCUGCCACGCAACGACCACCAAGAGGCAAAGGCAGAAACAGACAGAGUGGAGAGCAAAACAACAGUUCAGAUAAGGAUAAUAAGAGUGAAGGAGCAAUUCAUAACAAUAAUAGACAUCAUGGAGAAAGUGGACGUGGAAGGGGCUCAAGGGAAGACAGAUGGAAUGAUCGAAAACCAGGUGGCAGAGGUGGCCCGCCAAGGAGGGGUGGAAGAGGUGGUGGACGGCCUGGGAGAUCAUUCCAAUCCCGUGGGCGAGAUAGAUCCAACAGAUAUGGUGGAGGAAACAGGAAUGCAUCUAAUUCAACCGCAGCAAAUGGGCCAACAGUGAAUGGUACAGAAAUGUGGGGUGAAAAUGAAGAUCAUCUUUCAAAAGAGAAAGACACAGAACAAGCUGAAGAAGUCUCACCUCUGACAACUGAAGAGUGGGAGGUUGAAGAAUGGAAUCCAGUUGAACAGACAACAACAUCAAACACAAAUGAUACAUUGUUCAACAAUACUUCUUCCUCUCACUCAUGGCCAGCAAAUGCAGAUAGCUCUGUAGUCUCAUGGGAUGUGGACAGGCCUACAGUUCCUAGCUCAACAGGGCCAACGGUGCCAACCUCAGACAGCAGACAGAAGGCUCCAGAGAGCACUGCUCCAUUUACUCCCGAGAGCGUGGACAUGGCCAUAAUACAUUCAAAGCUGGCUACAAAUCAACCCACAGGCAAAGAUCAGUUCUCAGCGGUGGACUUUUCAAUGCCUCGUAUUCCUCUGCCUGGUGAGUUUCGUAACUUGCACAAUAGCCAUGACACUAUCAGUAAGCUUCUGGACAAGGUUGUUCUGUCUUCCUCUGUUGGAGUGGUGCCUCAGAGUUCCUCAACAACAAUUCAAGCUCAGCCACAGAGGCAGCCCCGCACAAGCAGACCAAAGAAGUCACAGAAAAGCCAGAUUCCAUUGCAAGCUGUUGAGAUGCCAGGGACAAUGGUUGACAAUCUUGAUGUGCAGUUUGGAAAUUUAGAGUUUGGUGGUGAUUCUGUUAGCAGCCCACGAAAAAAAGAGGAGUUCCCUGCAAGUUUGCCCAUAGUUGGAGACACAAAGUCUGAUGAACAAAGCUCAAGCAGUAGCAGUGAGUCAUCAAGUCCACCUUUGGAACCUCAGCGUACUGUGACAAGUCUGCCGUCUGCUUCCAUCACCAAACCUAUCACAAUAGCGACUUCAGCCUCAGCUUCAUCAAGUGUGACAACACUAGAGGAGAGUUCACCUCGACAUUUUCAGCACCCAUCUCCUCGAAGUCAACAACAGGCACUUGUGUCUCAAGUAACCAAGCAAAUCACACCAGAGCCAAUUCCACUACCUCCACAGCUUGACUCAAGAGAUAGUGUCAUUUCAAGCAAACCGCCUCUUUCAGAUGAUCAACAGAAAUCUUCCCCCAGUCUGCAAUCCUCUGCCAUUCCAUCCCCUUCCCUCAGUGGGGCCAAUCUGACUCAAACAGGCUCCUCAUCUCCAUUGAGACCAGGGUUGUCUUCAUCAAUACAGAAAGAUAUCACCCUUGAGACAAGACCAUACCAGAAACAUCAUGUUACUCAACCAACAGUGCCAUCAACUAAAGAUAAGCUUGGAACUAGUUCACUGACUAGCUCUGCUGUGUCAACUGCAGUGCAGCGGAAUGAUCUGUCCUCUGUAGAGCCACUCCAACCCCCUCCUGGGGUGCCUGUGCCCCCAUCAGUGAACCAGUCAACAGCUUCUACAUCAUCAGGGUUCACUACAGUUACCAUGUCAGGCACAGGCAAACCAGUGUCUCAUACCACUAAGCCAUCAUUACCUCCUGGAGUUUUGCCAUUAAACACUCUUUAUGGAAUGCAGCAAGGCCUUAUUCAUGCUUAUCCCCUUCCAUAUGGUUACGAAGAUCUUCAAAGACUACAAAUGUCACAAUACUAUGACAUGCCUGCUUUCCAAGCAGCUGGUAGGGAUGGCCUGUCAACAACAUUUCAUGGAGAUCAAAAGUUUGGGCGGACUGAUACAUCCUCUCCAGUUCCUUCAUCCCUGAACCAAGCUGUGACCCUUCCUCAACCUCAUCUUCAGCAGCAGGCCUUUAUAAAUGCAACAACUAUGCCACAUCCUUAUGGUUAUGGUGGACUAGCAUUCUACCCAGGGGCUGGAAUGAUGGCAGGGGGCUUCCCUGCUUACACUGCUCCUAUGUAUCAGAUGCCAACAAAAACUCAUGGGAAUGCAUCUCAGUAUCAGUCUGGUUACACCUCAGGAUAUGAUGAUUUAGGUCAGACACAUGACUUUGGGAAGUCUGGUUACCACACUUCAGUUUCACCAUCACAGAGUAAAUCUAAUUCAGGUCCAGCUGUAAGUAGUGCUUCAGAUCUCUCAGGAGCUUCUUACAAACCCCAAGUUGGAAAGUUCAAUGACAACAAACCAUUUAUGGGUGGUACACCUCCACCACCAGCGUUAAAUCUGUCCAUGACAGGACAGCAUGGUCCUUUGGGAAGCUAUCCACAUACAGGACACCCAUUCAUGUCAAUGAUGACCCCUGUACAGCAACACCACCCACCAUCCCACUACCACCACCAUAUGCCUCAUCAUAUGGAAACAGGCCAGCCUGGAUCAUCUCAGAGAGGGUCUCAAGGACAGGGGCCUAAACAAGGGCAGAAUAAGGGUCAUCAGGGUGGCUACCAAGGAUCAGGGUUCUGGUCUGGAACAAAUUGAAUGGAGCUUACUGUGAUUCACUCAAACUGAAUUGUUUGCAGUGUAAUAUUGAUGUGGUGCUGGUCUGUUCCUCCUAAGCUAGUGUGAAUUGUGUUCCCUAAGAGUAAAGUUAUUUCAAGACCUUUUAGGAUGUAAAUGAUGUGUACAGGCCCCCCUUAAGGAAAAAACAAGCAUGUAAAUGUGUUUUGCAAUAAUUUAAUGUUUUCUUAGGUAGCCACAGCAAGCAUUUUACAGAUUGUAAUCUUUGAAAUAAACAUGGAUAAUUUACAAUGAAA